AUGGCACAGCGCAAGCUCCAGCAGGAGAUCGACAAAUGCUUCAAGAAGGUCGCCGAAGGCGUCGCCACCUUCGAGAGCAUCCACGAGAAGAUCCAAGUGUGCACGAACCAGUCACAGAAGGAGAAGCUAGAAGACUCGCUCAAGAAGGAAAUCAAGAAGCUCCAGCGGUCGCGAGACCAGAUCAAGACAUGGGCCACUAUGAGCGAUAUCAAGGACAAGAAGCCUCUGCUCGACCAGCGGAAGCUGAUAGAGACCCAAAUGGAGAAGUUCAAGGCUGUAGAGAAGGAAAUGAAGACGAAGGCAUACUCCAAAGAAGGCCUCCAAUUAGCAUCAAAACUCGAUCCAAAAGACAAAGAGAAGGCAGAAGCAGUCGAAUUCCUGCAGCACAUGAAUGAAGAGCUGGACCAGCAGGUGGAGCGGAUAGAGGCUGAGGUGGAGGUGAUGCAAGCCACGACGAAGAAGGGCAAAAAGGGGGCGACAAAUGCGGAGCGGAUAGCAGAGCUUGAAGAGAUGGUCGAGCGACAUAAAUGGCACAUGGGCAAGCUGGAAUUGUUACAACGGGCGCUGCAGAACGGCAAUGUCGAAACGGAGCAGGUGAAAGAGGUUGAGGAGGGCAUACGGUACUAUGUCGACAGCAAUCAAGAGCCGGAUUUCAUGGAAGAUGACACAAUGUACGACGACUUCAAUCUCGACGAGGAAGAAGCUGCGUACGGUCUGGCCCAGGAAGUUGAUCGCGUAUCGUCACAAGACACCCAGUCAAUACAGGACGAACUUCCGGAGCCUGAACCUCGAUCAACGAGCAUUGGUGCGAAAGGGAAACCUGCUGAAACAGCGCAGAGUGGGGCGAGAAGGUCUUCAACACAGCUCAAGUCACCGCUUCCUGCUUUGGCAACGCUACAUACGCCUUUGCCUGGUGUCUCGAACGCAGCGUCCAGUUCUAUGAAACCUGCUCCGCUUCCCACCCGAACACCGGGAGAGCCUCUCAAAUAUGCCUCGGCGGCCGCGGCUGCAGCUGCGAGUGACAAGAAUGGGGUCGGCAUUGCACCGCUGCCACCACCGCCGGGUAUAGCUGCGGCACAGACUGGUCUCGCUCCUGGUGACGCACGGACAAGCGCUACAACAUCGCCUGCUCCUUCGCACCCUCAGUUGGCAUCACAACCUCAAGCUGGUACACCGGAGACUGCUCCGCCAGCCCAGCCAUCAAAAUCUCCGACGGGUACGCCUCCGACGGCUGUUCGAGAAAAAGCAGCUCUGUCACGUGCGCCAUCAUCCGACAGCAGGAAGACAUCAUCUGCAGAACAAGAAGAGGAGACACAGUCAGCGACACCGCCCUUGACGAAUGGAGAGUCGCACGCCGAUGAUGAAGAAGAAGAAGAGUCUAUAUUCCACCUCCCGUCAACCUUGCAGGAUCUCUUCGAGUCGUUAGAGGCAACGAAGAACGACAUCAACGCCUCGUCAUCAAAACCUCCGGAUGAGCGAAUGCUCGCUGCGAGCAUGGCAACGGCCCCGAACUCAGCAGACACAGAAGCGCCACGUCACUACCGUCCACAGAAUCCGUAUCCCUACACGCCUGCGCAUUAUCCACAAGAACCUUUGGCAAUAUUCGACGAUCCUCGUCUCUACUCACGCAUAGAGACGGACGCUCUGUUCUAUGCUUUCUAUUAUCGUCAAGGUACCUAUCAGCAAUAUCUUGCUGCGAAGGCUUUAAAGUCCCAGAGCUGGCGCUUCCACAAGCAGUACCAGACUUGGUUCCAGCGUCACGAGGAGCCAAAGGCUAUAACCGAGGAUUAUGAACAGGGGACGUACAGGUUCUUCGAUUAUGAGAGCACGUGGAUGAACCGAAGGAAAGCCGAUUUUCGCUUCGCCUACAAGUUCCUCGAAGACGAAUUGUGA